UCGCGCCGGGCCCUUUAGCGGGUGCACCGCGCGCAGAGGUUGCCUGAAGGGCUGCGGAGAGAUGGCGGCGCUGGGCCGUCUCCGGCUCCCCGCGCACGGUGUGCUGGGCUGGCGGCCCGGCUCUGUGAGUCCCGUGCACGCCCAGCUGCUCCAUCAGACGACGGCGGCCGAUCGCGCUGACAGCUCUGUCCAGGUCCAGAAGAGCUCUGCUGUUGUCCAGAGGAAAUCCUACGUCCCCAGCAGCCGUGGCGAGUACGUCAUUGCCAAGCUCGAUGACCUGGUCAACUGGGCACGGCGGAGCUCCCUGUGGCCCAUGACCUUCGGGCUGGCCUGCUGUGCCGUGGAGAUGAUGCACAUGGCAGCCCCUCGCUACGACAUGGAUCGAUUCGGGGUCGUGUUCCGGGCCAGCCCCCGCCAGGCCGACGUCAUGAUCGUGGCAGGGACCCUGACCAACAAAAUGGCCCCAGCUCUGCGCAAGGUCUAUGACCAGAUGCCAGAGCCUCGCUACGUGGUGUCCAUGGGGAGCUGUGCCAAUGGUGGGGGCUACUACCACUACUCCUACUCCGUGGUGAGGGGCUGCGACCGCAUCGUGCCCGUGGACAUUUACGUGCCAGGUUGCCCCCCCACAGCUGAGGCUCUGCUCUACGGGAUCCUGCAGCUGCAGAGGAAAAUCAAGAGGGAGAGGAGGAUGCAGAUCUGGUACAGGAAAUAGCCUUUAUUUAUGUCCCCACUCACUGCUCACAUUUACGCACAAAUCCGGCUCCUCACACGCCUCCAAUAAAACUCUACCUGGUCCAGGUGCUUUUCUGUCUUUAAUAAACCCCUCUGAUCUGAGGGGCUGAAAAACUGGGCUAAAAAGCAGGAGCUGAGUUUGAUAACACUGCUGAGUUGGUCUGAGCAAUCUGUCAGGGAAGGUGAUGUCAUAUUGUGACAUAAAGGCUUUGCCAGAAUUUUUUUUUAGCUUUGUUGGGAAGUUUUGAGACCCAACACAUGUCCAGGUGAUUCCUGAGCCCUCCCUGAGCUCGUCCCUUACUCACCACCUGCUCCUUGUUGGUAAUUCCUACACAGGAUCUAAUAAAUCCAUAAUAUUUGUGUGCACAGGGGCCAGAAAUUAAUUCUGUUUCUGUAACAAGUGAAAUACUGAUGCUUAAAAUCAGAAUGUGAUUAAUAAACCUGAAUGUAGAGCUCCUAAGCAGGGCAGGGAUAAAGCAGCCUGUCCUGGAUGCAUCCCAGGAGCCUGGGAUGAGGAAUGGUCGUGCCUGAGGGACAAACACACUUUGGAAAGACAAAUAAAUCGCUCGGGAACAGCA